UUUUCUGGACAUUCUUCUCUUCUUUUCCAUACCAUUUCAGAAGUCUUUCCUUUUCCUUAAUUUUAGGGUAAAAAAAGAAAAUGGGGAGUUGUCUGAGCAAGAAGUGCUCUAGUACUUGUACUCCUGUUGCAAUUUCAAGCACAAAUCAAGAAACCAAACCAAAUACCCUGCAAGUAGAAAAGAAGAAAGUAGAGGGACAAAUAGUGAGAAAAGAAAUCUUUGUUAUCAAACACAGGAUAAGCCAUGAAGGGUCUAUAUGUUCUAAAGGCUCAAAAGAUAAUGCCAACAACAGUAAUGGGGAAUCUAGCAAGAAGAAUGCUACUAUUAUUGUACCAGCACGAGUGAGGAGUAGGAGUUCAAGUUGUACAAAGGAAGAAGUUGAUGCUAUUUUAGUACAAUGUGGGAGGCUUAGUAGGAGCUCAUCCAUUAACAAAGGUCUUUCCUUAGAAUCUUGUGAUAAUACCAAGAACCACAAUAGAAGUAGAAGGUACUCUAUUUCUAAGAAAAGUUAUGAUUUUGACAAUGAGAAUACAAGUGGUGGUAGCAGAAGAGUGAGCAGAUCUCCUGGUAGAAGAUCUGAAUCACCAAUUACUGCUAACAAUUGUGCUGAGCUUGUUUCUACAGCUUCUAUUCAAAGGAUUCAAGUGAAGAGAAAUGUAGGUGCUGCAUCUCCUCGUGCUCGGUCCCGGUCUCCAGCAAGGGUGAGUGCAAAGGUAUCAAACGAGAACAUGAAUUUCCUACACCAGCCUUUGUCCCUUAGCCGCAACAAUUCCAGGAAAAGGGAAGAUUCUCCUUUCAGUAGAAAUCCUCUGAGUGAGAUUGGCAGCACUACUGUGGUCACUGAGCAUAUGCCCUUUCAUGCACUCAAGCCUGUCAACAACAAUUUCCACCCUCAGAAGCUGAAUGCAGAACAUGUAAGCUAUGGCAAAGUCGUUCAGCAAGAAACUGAGAAAAUACUUGGCAUCAGCAAAGCAACUCUAGAUUACGGCCUAACAAAUGUUAAUGGCAAAGUCAAGGAGCAGCAGCAGCUGGCACAGGAGGCUAAGGCAUUGAGAACAGUUACAGCAAAUGCUGCAGUGGAUGUGGUUGGUUUAGGAUUCGAAAGUCUUGUGCCUCAGGGAAUGAGAAGAAGCAGGUCUUCGAGGCUAUCCCGAGACCUAGACAUUAGUCUUGGAGAUCAGUCAAAGCCUACUCAAUCAUAUACUGAGUUAUUGCUUGAGGACAUCCAAAACUUUCAUCAAAAGAGCAGCAAGCCUGCAUUUUCACUCCCACCUUGUGUAACAAAAGCUUGCUCAAUAGUGGAGGCAGUUGCUGACCUUAACUCAAGCACUAGUUCCAGUUUAUCCAGCGCUUUCUCUGAUGACAGAAGAAGAAACCCCAAAGUUGAGCAACUUAACAAGAAUACUGAUACUUCUUUAGGAACCACUCCUCAGGGUAAAAAGAGGUUACAGAUAAAAGAGCCAUAUGUGGAAUCUGAGGUUGCUCCAAGUGAUGACUUAAUUAAGUCUCCUAUCAUACAGAAGUAUGUAACCUUUGGAAGGGGAACUGAUGGAGGUUAUUUUGAAGAGCCAGAAUCCUCAGGAAGCAACAGUUCUGUUGGUGGUCAGCGGUGUUGGUUUUCCCCAUCCUCCCGAGGACCAAAUUCAGCUGAUUCAACUGAUUCUUGGUCUCCUUCAAAAUCUUACAGUAGGCUUCAUGUGAAUCCACUAGCCUUUCAAACGCAUUCAGUAUCUGAGUGUGGCCGUGAUAUGGAUGAAGAUAAAAGAAGAAUGACAGCAAAUACGAGGGAUUCUGACAACCAACAACGUGGAAUAGGUCGCAACAGGACACCUAGAGGACCUCACACAAUAUCUAUGGCAGCUGCUGCUGCUUCAACUUAUUAGUUAUAUGCAGUUUCUUUGAGGAUUUAUAUGUUGCU